CAACCAAUCAACAAGACUAGGAAUAUCCAUGGAAAACUUCCAAAAAGAAAGAGACAAGAGAAGGGAUUGGUAGCAAACUGGCAGCGUGUUUAUGAGUCCUGGUCACCUCGCCGGCCUCGCCUAUCAGAGUCAGAGAUCGAAGAACCUGAGGAAAAAGAAGGGCAAAUGGAUUUCGAGAAUAUAAAGAAAUAUCUGGACGGGAAUGCUAGCGGACAAGUUGAUGUCAAGAAUCGAUCGGCGGUCGGCGCUAUGCCUUACAGAUUCUUCGAGCGAUUCAAUGUGCAAGGUCUUCAUGUCGAGCUUGUCGAACCCGGUCGCAUUAUUUGCUCAAUUAAAGUUCCACCUAGUCUCUUGAAUGCUGGCAAAUCCUUGCACGGUGGAGCCAUCGCCACUCUGGUCGACGUGGUUGGGUCAGCUGUGAUAUACACUGUUUCAGCUCCUCAGAACACUGGAGUUUCAGUUGAAAUCAACGUUUCUUACUUGGAUUCUGCUUAUGUUAAUGAAGAGAUAGAGGUUGAGGCCAGAAUUUUGCGCCUUGGAAAGACGGUGGGAGUCAUCACCGUUGAGUUAAGGAAGAAGAAAUCUGGGCAGAUUAUUGCACAGGGCCGCCAUACCAAGUAUCUUCUUGUUUCUAGCAAAUUGUAAAUUUGUAACCCUAGCGAAGAACUAGCCUAUGAAAUAAUUAUGCGAUAGAAAAUUAUUCUUAUUCUCCUUAAUGGGGAUUCAAAACCAAUGUAAUGCCACAUCAGCACAUGGUUGCUUUUCAGCGCCUCGCAUUAUUGGAGGGAAAAAAAAAAGAAUCUUCCCCAAAAUUUUCCCUACUUUUUUUUUUUUUUUUUG